AUGAAAGGAACAUUCGUUACAACCAUAAGUGUGGGCCUGGCACAUGGUGUGCAGGCCGCCCUCUACGAUCAAGUCAUCGAAACCAAAUACGGCCCAGUCCAAGGCAUCCCGGCCUUUUCCAGCCAGCCGAUCACCAAUAUUUCCAACUGGGCGGAUAUCACGGUCUGGAAAGGCAUCCCCUUCGCCGCUGACACGUCGGGUGCCAACCGUUGGCGUCCGCCGCAGAAGCAUGCGGCAUGGAACAACACUCUGCAAACCAACGCAUUCGGAGAUGUCUGUCCGCAAGGAACCUCCUUUGGCGGUCCCACCAAGCGUCAGACGACGUCAGACACCACUACAACCACCAGCGAGAACUGUCUCAACCUGAACAUCUGGACCUCAGCCAAUUCCACUGACGAGAAACGUCCUGUGAUGCUUUGGUCUUACCCAGCAGGAGGCUCAGCCGCCGCAUCAAUGUUCGACGGCGGCGGCAUGGCAGCCAAGGGCAUCGUCUUCGUGAACUACAACCGCCGAGACGGGCCCAUGGGCUGGCUCGCGCACCCGCAGCUCAACGAAGAAAUGUCGCGGGAAGUGGGCCGCAACGUCUCCGGGAACUGGGGCAUGCUGGACGAGUUCGCAGCGCUUCAGUGGGUCUACGACAAUAUCGCGUCCUUUGGCGGCGAUCCCGAGCGCAUCACCGUCGCGGGACAAUCGGCCGGGUCUGCGGCAACUUACCACAUGGUAAACAGCCCGCUAACCGCGGGCCUCAUCAAGGGCGCCAUCGUCGAGAGCGGCAUCCGCUACCCGCGCGACCCGCUCUGCUCGUCGCUCGCAGAGAACUACCGGAACAUGUCGACGGCGCUGGCUGCCGGCGUCAGCUUCAUGGAAAGCUUCAACGCCACUUCCGUCGACCAGCUGCGCCAGCUCCCGCUCGACACGCUCAACAGCGCGUCCGGCAGCUGGGGCGCCGUGCUGGACUAUUGGGCCAUCCCGGACACGUACUGGAACACGAUGCACAACGGGCCUGCCAACGACGUCCCGCUCAUCACGGGCAACACCAAGGACGAGAGCGGCGCCGAGCUGCCCAUCAACAUUACCGUCGCCGAGUACGUUGCUGACCUUCAAGAGCAGUAUGGCGACGACGAGCUGGCGCAGCGCUUCCUCGCGCUCUACCCGGCCGCGAACGCUACGCAGGCCGGCAUGUCGUUCAACGCGCACUACCGCGACACCUCGCUCGUGUCCUCCUGGCUGUACGCCAACGGCUGGGACGCGAGCCCCACCACCAAGAGCCCUAUCUGGACUUACUACUGGGACCACGCCCCGCCCGGCCAGGACCGCGGCGCUUUCCACAUGUCCGAGAUCCCCUACGCGCUCGACAACUUGUACGGCACCGACUUCCCCUGGGAGGACGAGGACUUCGAGAUUGCGCGGAAGAUGUCGGCGUACUGGGUCAACUUUGUCAAGACGCAGGAUCCUAACGGUCAUGGGGGUGCGGGAGAGGAUGGGUUGGUGAGGUGGGAGGCGAAUUCGCGGGGGAAGAAUGUGACUAUGCGCUUGGGCGAUGGAUGGGGGGAAUGGCCCUUGGCUAGCCCGGCGCAGAUUGAACUGUUGGAGGAGUUCUUUGCAACCCAGCAUGCCUAUUAG